UCAAGAAGAUACAUUGCUUUACAAAACUAAGUUCAAGUGUGUACCAAACAUUUUUGUGCGCCAAAAUAUCAUCUUGCUCGCAUAGAAUUUUGGCAUAUGUGUAACUCCAUAUUGGUUGGGCUUUCUCGCAUACACAUGCUCUCGAGCUGUGUUUGGUCUCGGGCAGAGAGACGGAUAAGCGUGGAUGUGCCCGGGGAAGGCAAAAAGACGCAGCGGAGAAGAGCGCACCGAGUUACUUCAGAGAAACUCGACUCAUGAACAGAUAGAAGCAAACGGAUAAAUACACUGCACUUCACGGUCUUUUUUUAUUUAAUCUUUUUUUUUUUUUUUUUACCGAAAUCAAGUGGAAUUGGAGACCGUUAGCGACAAACAUAAAGUCAAGCUGGUUUGGAACAAUAUGAGGAGGAGUUUCAUUUUUGGGUGUAACCUGUCAGGAAGACACUGGGAGGAUCUUGGUUGGUGGGCUUAGGAGUUCUCUAUGCAGAACGCAUAACCUGAAAUCAGUGUCUGUUUCAUCUAUAUACAAGCUUGUGCUGUUGUGCAGAAGUGCAAACUCAACAUGGCAUCCAGUCUCACCUGUCCUGGUGUGGUGUGGGCGCUGUUGUCCUUCCUUUGUGCGGCCGCAUCUUGCGUCGGCUUUUUCAUGCCAUACUGGCUGCUUGGUUCACAGAUGGGUAAGCCAGUAUCAUUUGGAACAUUCCGCCGUUGUUCGUACCCAGUAAGGGAUGAAGCACGUGGUGGGACGGUGAUGUUGGAGCAGUGUGGGCGCUAUGCCUCCUUCCAGGGCAUCCCGAGUCUGGAAUGGAGGAUCUGCACGGUGGUGACAGGGACAGGCUGCGGGCUCCUGCUCUUUGUGGCUCUCACAGCACUCAUUGGCUGCUGUGUUACGAAUCUCAUCUCUCGCACCAUCGGACGGGUGGCCGGAGGAAUACAGUUUGUGGGGGGUUUGCUGAUUGGAUCAGGAUGUGCCCUGUACCCAUUAGGGUGGGACAGUGAAGAGGUCAAACAAACCUGUGGCAACAGUUCCGACCAAUUUGAUCUUGGUUCUUGUGAGAUCGGAUGGGCAUAUUACUGCACCGGGGUUGGGGCCAUGGUGGCCAUGUUGUUGUGCACAUGGAUGGCAUGUUUUGCAGGAAAGAAACAGAAGCAUUACCCUUACUAAACAAGAAGAUGAAAAAUUACCAGUAGAGGAAACUAUAAACACCACAUGUGAGCAUGAUUCAGUUUGAGUGAAAUUCUACAUUCAGUGCGCUUUCCAAACGCAUAGCAGAUAUUACAAGGAGGCAUUAUAUGACUGGACUUUUGACCCUCCCACAGCAGUGACCACUUGAGAAUCCUAUGACUAAACUUUCACCUUGCAUUGGGACCUUUUGCAUCCAAUGUGUGUGCCAGUACAAUUAAAAAGGAAUAUGUUAAGUAUUCAUGGUAUUAAAGUGAGCUAUUGACGUUCAGAAGGGAGUAGUGUGUUCAAAAUGGACCAAUUGUUUUACUCUCCAUAUAUCUGUUGCUUUUUUAUUGUGUAAGUGUAAGUGCAGUAUUCAUUGUGGUUGCUUAAAUUGUUGUGUUUUGGUACAGUAUGUGUUUUUGUGUAUUAUAAACACCUAUUCUAUAUUGUGCAUUCAUUCAUAUUCUCUUGCUGACAUGUUAUUGCCUUAAAUAUCUCAGCUGCAAUAAUAUACAUCUCAAAUGGAUUGUGUAUUAUCAAAAAUCAUAAUGUAUGUUUGACAAUAUACUGUCUUCGAUAUAAUAUUUUGUUUGGUAUUGUAGAAUUUGACACUUUUAUAUAACAGAUGAAUUAAAGUCCAUUAUAUUUCACUGCAAUUGUAAAUAAGUACAGUUGUUUGAACAAUAAUAGUCAUAGUUGUUAAGCAUAAACAUAAACACUAUCUGCACUAUGCAGAUAUUUUUAUUUUCUUUUUUUUUAUUUUAUUAAAUGCUCUCUAGAAUGAGAAUGUCCCUUCCCCUGCAACUUUCCAGCAAGUAGCAAAUCAUGGUUCGUGUCUGUGAUGUAACUAAAGGCUAUUGGCUAUUUUUUAAGGAACAAGCACAAACUUCCUGUUUCAAUAGGAAAUGUCAGCACAGGGCAGAAAACUCUGCUUGAAAGUGAUUUCAU